CAUCAUCAUCAUCAACAAUAACAACAGCACCAGAAUCACCUAACUGUUGUUGUUGAAACAGUAAAAGCUUAAUCCUUAAUGUUUGUUUUCAUUUGAAUUUGGUUUAUACUUUUGUUUUUUUUUGUUACAUUUUACAUUAUUUAUUUGGUUAAUCAUCUUCAUCAUUACAGUCAUUCAGUUAUUGUUCAUAUUAAACCUGAUUAACACCAUAAAUGAGAAUCAACACUCACACAAAUCAUCUUUAAAGCUGUGAUUUUUAGUGCCAAACCAAGAGCGAGCUGGAUUUAAAUUGUUAUUCACAACCAAUUUAUCAACCUCAGUUAAACAUUACAAUUUUGUUCAAAUUUACGGAUAUAAGACAACAUCAGCUGGUUAUGUUUCACAUCUAAACGCGAGACAUUUCACCUUUUCUGUUUCUUCUUCAUCUUUCUUUCCUCUUCCUUCCUCAUACCAAUUAACUGAUACACUUGAUAAUUAACUGAAUCAAAAUUAAACAGUUAUGAUUAGUCGCCGUAAAAUACUUUCAAGAUCCCAAAGUGACAUUGACUAUCCAUAUGAUGCCUAUGCAGUUGAAGAGGAUAUUUGGUACGACAAAGACACUCUUUACUCUGAUCACAUUCAGGAGAUAUUGAAAAAAUGGGAACAAAUUGAUGAUGAGAUUUGGGGUAAAAUUAUUUGCAUGGAACGUAAUCGUCGAAUCGCCAAGGCUUAUGCUCGAGUUCCCGUUUUGACCGUUUCUGGGUCUGAUGAUGGGUUUGAUGGAUUCAAGAUUGGCUUGAAUGGGUUUGACCGGGCACCCAGUCGAGAUCCUUUGGUUAAACGAGUUCGUGAUCACAUUGGAGAGGGAGUUCGAAUUAAAAUGGAUGAAUUUGGUAACAUUAUAAUCAAAAGAUUGUCUCAUUGUGAUGUUUUCAUUCGAGGCUAUGAUCGUGAAGCCAACAGCAUAUCCAAAGGGAUACUUGAUCUUGAUGGUGAACUUACUCUGGAAAAGUCUGUUAAAUUAUUUGAUAUGAAAAAAUUUCAAUCCGGUUUGAAUAAGGAAUUACGAAGUGCUUAUCCUGACCGUCGACGAUUGGAAAACCAAUGUAUAAAUGUAAUCGCUUUUGUCAAGGAUGCAACCGAUGUACUUGAUUUACCAGUUUGGAUUAUGGUUGUUAACAUUGUUGCCCUUGAUAUGCUUAAAUCUAAAUUGCCACAAGUCUGUUAUCGAAAUGAAAAUGUACCCAAGUUUGUUAAUGUGUUUACCAAACCUGAACAAGAUGAAGAUCCUUAUUCGGUGCCCAGUUUACCGACAAGUAAACGACCUCAAAUAACAAGCGGAAAACAGUCAAAUCAUCGUGUAAACGCCAACAAUAACACAGCAUUGAUUACAAGUGCUGUCAACAACAACAAUAAUGUCAAUGUUAAUAAUGUUAAUAACAACAAUAAUUCAAAGACAAGUGACGCUAAACCACCUGAAUUACCUCCAAGAGAUUUCGCCAAGAUUAAGAAAACGAAAGAAAAGAAGAUUCCAAGUAUGUUUAAGAGUCUAGUUCGAGGUGAAAGUCGUAAACAAACGGCAGCCACACCAGCACCCAAGAAAGAAGUUGAUUACGAGGAUCCUUACUAUUGCGGUAUGCAAGCUCGAGUCUCGCACUUUGCUGUACCUCGUGAACGUAAACCUGCCGCUGGAUUAACGUCUCUUCAAGACAUGAGAAAAUCUCAUUCCAGUGGUUACCUUAAUUCACUUUUUAAUCCUUCAUCCAAUUUUAAUCCAUACCGAGGUGGUUCCUCUUAUUACUCUUAUUAUGAUUCAACAUUUGAAUCGGAUCCUUACAUGUCAUCAGGCGAUGGUUAUGACACUUAUGCACCACUUUAUGGACGGACACCAAACCUCUUUUCCGCUCAUCAUCACCAUCAACAGCCUCAACAACGGCGUCAUCAACCUCAACGGGCAUAUUUAUGUGAAGUCCAGGGUGAACGGUAUGCCACUGAAUGGGACUAAUUUGGACUCUUUCUGGAUUCUUUUAGUAUAUAUUGGACAAUUUUUGGUCGUUUCAUUUGAUAUCUUUUGAGACUAUCAAUGUUAAUUGUCAACUAUUUGUAUUUAUGUGACUUCACCUUAUGUCUGACAUUUUUCCUUCGAGUCUUAAGGCUUGAUUUGUUUUGUAUUUUUGAUAUUGAUUUAUUGAUCACAAUGAUUUAUUUAUUGGAAUACAUUUUGUAACUUCUUUUUUUCACCUUUUCUCGCAUUUCUAAUUUGUUUAAAUCAUUGCAAUCAAUUCAAUCACCUCAUUAUCAUUUAUGUAUGUAUAUAUAAAUGAUUAAUUGUACUUGUCUGAUAAAUCUUGUUUUCUUGUUUUCCUUUUUGUAUGUUUAACAUUCUCUCUUUUCUGACCGAUAAAUGUGACUUGGACCAGCCUUUGAGGUCAGUGAUUGGGUUAAAUAUUAGAACAAUUUACAACUUGUUCUCAAUCUAAUCACUUGAAAUAUUAAACCUGCCAUUGAC